AUGAGAUACUUACAUACCAUAGGGGUACUCUUAUUACUAUGGUUUUAUACAGUAAUUGCAAAAGAUGAAUCAUUUGCGCCUAAAGUAACACUGACUAGGAAUAAACAAUUGCAACCGUAUGGUAUCUUUGAUGAUUCUACUACUUUACUCAGAACAGAGAAUGAUAGAUUACAAAUCUCUCAUGAUAAUGGUGAAAAUUGGUCUAAUGUGAAAGAAAUUAAAGAUAAGAUCAAUUAUUUUACCAUUGAUGAAAAUUUUCCUAAAUUCAGAGCAUUUGUAUAUACUAUGAAUAAAAAUUACAUUUAUAUGACCUAUGAUAAGGGUAAUAGUUGGACUCAACUUGAAUAUAAUGUACCAAACGAAUUGCAUGAUAAGGAUCGUAUCCCCUAUUGUUGGGUGACUACUCAUGCUACUCAACAAGAUGAAAUGUUUCUGACUUGUAGUGCAUGUCGUGAAGUCACUAAAGAAGAAAAUAAUAAAGAUAAAACAAAUUAUGAUGAGGAUAAGAAAAAUGAUGAUAAAAAAGAUGAUCCAUUACAAGAGAUAUUGGAUGAUUUAGGUGAUAUUUUUUUUCAUUCAAGAAGUUAUUGUGAACAAGUUAUCUUAAAAUCAAGUAAUCGUGGGAAAUCUUUUGAUUUUAUUGAAUCGCCGUUUAAAGUGAAAGACGAAGAUAAACUUAUUACAUUCCAUACUGGAUCACGUUGUCACUAUGCAAGAAUUAGUGAGAAAUCUACUAUUCAAGUAGAUGGAACAACAUUAAUUUGCAAUUUUGAAAAAGUUCAAAAAGCAUUAUCCACAGAUGGAGGUAUUAAAAUGAUUUCACAAUUAUAUACAAUUACAGGUAAGAAAAUUAAUUCAUUGGAUUUUUUUAAAGAUAUGACUAUAACUUCUUUACAAGUAUUGAAUUCAAAUUUAGUAGUGAUUACACAAGAAGAUAGAUUUAAUAGUCAUUCAAACAAGAAAAUAUGGGUAUCUAAUGAUAUGCAAACUUUCAAACAAGCUUAUGUUCCAACAGAUUUAACCUUUAAUGAAAUGUCAUAUUCAAUGUAUGAAGAUUCUCUUGGUAGAAUUAUUAUUCCAAUUAUAAAAUCGGAAGUAGAAGAGAACAAACAGAAAGAAGAUUCAAAUGAGAACAAAUAUAGACAGCUACGUAGGAAUUUCAAAUAUAAUGACGUUUUAGUAUCUGAUUAUACAGGUUUGAAAUUCUCAGAUUAUGAUUGGAUAGAUAGAUCUGUCGAUGGUCGUACUUCGGUAGAACCAAUUAAUUAUUUGAAAGGUACCAUAAUCAAUAGUUUUUUCGGUAGGGGAUACUACUCAAAUAGAGAGAAGCCUGACAGUGAAUUGGUUGGUUCUUCUAAGAUUUCCUUUGAUAAUGGUGUUACAUGGAAUUAUUUGAAGGUUGUUGAUCCAGAAAAUAAAGAUAGUUAUAGUUGUAAUAUUAACGACCCAGAAAGUUGUUCCAUUCUAUCAUUAAAUCAUUUCAAUAAUUAUGUAGUUCCUUCAGCAGGUAUUUUGAUGGUAUCUGGUGUGCUGAGUGACGGUUAUUCUUAUAACUAUAAUGAUGAAAAGACAUUUGUCUCAAGGGAUGGUGGUAAGACAUGGAAAAAAGCUUUGGAUUUCCCAACAAUAUCUGUAGUGGGUGAUGGUGGUAAUAUCAUUGUUGCUGUACCAUUCAAUGCAGAGAGCGAUGGCGAUCCAAAAUCAGAAGUGUAUUACUCCUUAGAUCAAGGUGAAACAUGGGCUGAAUAUCAAUUGGACGUUGCCUUAUACCCAGCUAUGCUAAUUAAUACCACUCCAGAUGGUUCAGGAUCAACUUUCUUCCUUGAGGCAUUUAAAUCUUCAUCUAAACCAUUUGAAGACGGUGAUUACGAUAACAAAAGUUUCUUCUAUAUUCUUGAUUUCUCAGAUGCAUUUAACGGUAAGAAAUGUGGUAAGAACGAUUUUGAAAUAUUCUAUCUAAACAGUGGAGAUUGUGUCAAUGGUGCCAAAUAUAGUUACAGAAGAAGAAAAUAUGAUUCAGAAUGUCUCGUGAAGGAAGUCUUUACUGACUUAGAAUUAGAUGAAGAAAUAUGCCCUCAAUGUACUGAUGCAGACUAUGAAUGUUCAUUUGAAUUCACAAAAGACGAUAAGGGACAUUGUGUACCUGAUUUUAAUUUAUUGGAAUUUUCUGGAAUUUGUACAAAUGAAAAAAGAAAUGAAAUGAAUUUAAAACCAAGACGUAAGAUUAUUGGGAACAAAUGUACAAAGGAAUUAAAAAUAGAUUCAGUCGAUGUACAAUGUGGUAUAUUAGCAGACCCUGGAAGAGGUAAUGAUAAGAUAUCUGUCACUGAAAACGUUAUUGCUGGUGAACCAAGAUUCUAUGAAUACUUCGAUACUGAUGAAGAUGAAUCUCUAAUUAUUGGAACCACUAGAUACGAAUUUUUCAUUUCUCAUGAUGGUGGUAAGACUGUGAAAAAAAUCGAUACUAAUGAUGAAAAAAUUAUUGAAAUCAUAUAUAAUCCGUACUCUAAUUCUUCCGCUUAUUUAUUCAGUUCAUCUGGUUCCAUUUUUAUUACUCAUGAUAGAGGCUACACUUUUUUCUCUAAUAAAUUACCAGAUGCCAUUCAAUUAGGCUUCCCAUUAAACUUCCAUCCAGAAGAUCCAAACACUUUUAUUUAUUAUGGUGGUAAAGGUUGUGAAAAUAUCUAUAGCAGUGAUUGUAGAAUAAUGUCUUAUAUUACAAGAGAUGGUGGUAAGACUUUUGAGGAAUUAUUAGAAGGUGCUGUCCAUUGCGAAUUUACAGGUGCGUUAUUUGAUCAUCCAGCUAAUGAAGAUAUGAUGAAUUGUCAGAUAAGAGAUAUUAGAAAAAACGCAAAAUCAUUGGUUUCUUCAACUGAUUAUUUCAAGAACGAGAAGACAAUCUUUGAAAACAUUAUAGGUUAUAUGUCAUCGGGUGGGUUCACUAUUGUUGCUGUUACUCACGAUAAAAAUGAAUUAAGAGCUUAUGUAACAUUAGAUGGUGAAGAAUACGCUGAAGCAAAGCUUCCUCAAGAGUUAUCUGAUAUCCCACAGAAGACUUUCACUGUUUUAGGUACCAAUACAGGAUCAAUCUUCUUGCAUAUGGGUACCACCGAGGGCCGUACUAAUCCCCACGGUGAUCUAUUAAAAUCGAAUUCCAAUGGUACUUCCUUUGUGACUUUACAAAAGAAUGUCAACAGUAAUAUGAAUGGCCAAGUUGAUUUUGAAAAGAUUCAAGGCUUGGAAGGUAUCAUCCUAAUUAACAUCGUUGAGAAUCCAGAAGAUGCCAGUAACGUAGACUCUAAGAAGAAAUUAAAGACAAAGAUUACAUUUAAUGAUGGUGCCGAUUGGUCAUAUAUCACACCACCUACCAGAGAUUCUGAAGGUAAGAAAUAUAACUGUAAGAGCGGAUCACUUGAAAAAUGUUCUUUGAAUUUACACGGGUACACUGAGAGAUAUGAUGUAAGAGACACUUUUUCAUCCGGUUCUGCGCAUGGUAUGCUAUUUGCUAGGGGUAAUGUUGGUGAAUUUUUAUUACCGAUGAGUGAAUCGUCGACCUUUUUAACUACCGAUGGAGGUAUGACCUGGAAGGAAGUAAAGAAGGGCGCAUACCAAUGGGAGUUUGGUGACCACGGUGGUAUUUUAGUCUUGGUUCCCGAAGGAAAAGAAACUGAUACUCUAACAUACUCUUUAGAUUUUGGGAAGACGUGGAAUGAAUAUAAAUUCAGUAGUGAGAAGGUUGUAAUUAAAGAUAUCAUAACUGUUCCUCAAGAUUCUGCAUUAAGAUUCCUUCUUGUAGGCCAAAAAUCAAAUGUCCAAGGUGCUUCAAUUAAGACUUACGCAAUUGAUUUUAGCGGAAGUUUCCAAAAACAAUGUGAUUUUGAAAUUAAUGGUAAUAAGGAUGAUGAUUUUGCAUUUAUUUCAAUUGGUUCAUCAAAUGAUAAAUGUCUAUUUGGUCAUGAAGAAGAAUACUUGAAGAAGAUUAACACUGACUGUUUUGUUGGUAACAUUCCAUUAACAAAAUUUUCUAAGAUAACAAAGAAUUGUACUUGUACAAGAAGUGAUUUCGAAUGUGAUUAUAAUUUCAUUAAAGCAAACGAUGGUACUUGCAAACUUGUCGAGGGACUAAUGCCAGCACCUGCAUCCGACAUUUGUAGGAAGAAUGUAGAUUUGAUAGAAUUUUCAGAUUUAACUGGUUACAGAAAGAUUGCGUUAUCCACUUGCAGAGGUGGCUUAACUCUGGAUGUCGCUUCGGAUACAUAUCCAUGUCCAGGUAAGGAAAGCGAAUUUAACAAGAAAUACGGUAUCAGUGGAAGAUCAUUCUUCCUAAUAUUCUUUAUUCCAUUCGUUCUAUUGAGUGCAUUACUAUGGUUUGUAUACGAUCGUGGUAUUAGAAGAAACGGUGGUUUCUCCAGAUUUGGUGAAAUUAGAUUAGGCGAUGAAAAUCAAAUGAUUGAAAACAAUGAAACAGACAGAAUGGUGAAUGCCACUGUGAAAUUUGGUUUGAUCAUAUUUUCUGGAAUUCAUGCCGGAUUUGAAAUGUUUAAGCGUAGUGUCAGAGGAUUAUCCGAUAGAUUUACCGGAAGAAUGAGAUCAAGAAGAGGUCCAACAUACUCAUCAUUAAUGAAUGACCAAUUUUUGGAUGAAGCCGACGAUUUAUUGGCUGGUCACGAUGAAGAUGCUAAUGAUUUAUCCAGUUUCAUAGGCAACGAUACCAACUUCGAUAUUGAUGAUGAAUCCAAUGCUGCAUCUGAUGUAACUAGUAAUGGUGACGUUCAUGUGCAGCCAUACAAUGAUAAUAUAGAGACAGAAAAUACAACACAGCAACCAUACACUGAUGAUACUAUUUCUGAUGAAGUUCCUGCACCUCUAACAGAUUCAACAACAAAGGUUACAGACACGACUACUGAUUCAAUGCAUAAUGACGAAGAAUAA